AUGUUAGAUAUCUUAGCAGCAGCAGCUGUUGCUCGUGCUCUUGCUGGACUACCUCCUCAUCAGAGGUAUAGUCUUCCAUCAAGCUCUGAAGAGUUGAGUUCGAUAUAUGGAAGCAAGCCCCAUGGUCAAGUAGUGGAGGAGCUUGAGGAAGAAUUUUACGAAGAGGACCUGGAACCUUCCAAUAUGCAAAGUAGUAGUUCCAGACUUACCUACAGUGAUCUAUGCCAUCAAAUACCUGAAUCCAAGUUUAGGCAAUGUUUAUUGACAACACUAGCUGCCCUUUUUAAGUUGAUGAGUUCAUAUCAAGCAGUCAUGAGCUUUCAACUAGCGGAUAAGGUAAUGACAAAUCAGGAGGCAGUGGAGUGCAUUAGGAACAUAAAGGAUGCUAAAGCGGCUGCUAAGCACCUUACUUGUUGAUAGCAAAUAUUAGUAGUUUUAUUUGUUGAUAGCUGCGCAUGGAUAACAAAUAGUUAUGUUUCAAAUUGUUAUGCUAGAUGGAUGUGACUUGUGAAUGAAAACUUAGAAUAGUUGUAUUGUGUCGAAUGUUAAUGAA